CACACACACACACAGACAGCAGAGAGACACUGAAGAUCUUCAUCUUCUUCUCAGCAGAAGAUCAGAGCCAAACCUUCUUCUUCAUCACCUUCAUCAUCAUCAUCAUCCUCAGAGGAAACAUCUGAACCUUCAUCAGGCUCGAGACGAACCGCGCAGGUGUCCUCCUCCUCUUUCUCCUCUUCAUCCUCGUCUUCGUCCUCCUGAACCAUGACGGACAGGAAAGCCGUGAUCAAGAACGCAGACAUGUCUGAGGACAUGCAGCAGGACGCUGUGGACUGUGCCACACAGGCCAUGGAGAAGUACAACAUCGAGAAGGACAUCGCAGCGUACAUCAAGAAGGAGUUUGAUAAGAAGUAUAAUCCCACCUGGCACUGCAUCGUGGGCAGGAACUUUGGCAGCUACGUCACUCAUGAGACCAAGCACUUUAUUUACUUCUACCUGGGUCAGGUGGCCAUCCUGCUCUUCAAGUCUGGCUGAGAGCGCUGUGAUUGGUCGCUGACGAGAGUUCUUUAGUUUCCUCGCUGAGUGCGAGCGGUGAAACGCAGCGGUGGCCGACGUCAAUCAUUCUCUAAUAACGACAAACAUAACGAUGCACGCGGGGCCGAGCUCAGCUGCAUGGACUUUACUCUGUUUAUUAUUCUCUCUGUGACCUAAGUUUGACUCAACUCCUUCAUUUAUUUCACUUUGACUUUUGUUAUCGAUGCUGUUAAAGAUUCAAAACGAGGCUCGUGAUUGUAGAGAUGAAAGGAGAGGCUCCACCUGCUGGUGGACGUGUAGAAUCACACUGAAGACAAACGCUUGAUUCACUUAAUCGUUGACGUUGUGCGACUUUAACGGAAUUCAUCCCCCAAACGGACGUGAAUUUUUUUCUGCGGCCGCUUCCAGAAAACGUUGUCACGGCGACAUUUUCCCAGUGCUUUAAAUUUUCACUGUGACGAAGGAAAACAAAGCAAAUAAAGAGAACAGAGGUUUUAAUUUAAGAUAAUCUGUGUCAUCGCGCAGGAAAAUCUUUGCUUUCAUUUGAAUCUGUUUGUCGUGAAACAGCGUCGUAGAAACAUCAUCAGUCUUUAGCAAUGGCUACGUUAAUUAACUAACUGUUAGUUAAUGCUGUAAUAAGCAUUUACUUACUGUUAAUGAAUGUUUUAACUCUUAAAUAACAUUUAAUCAGGUUAUUAAAGGAAAUAAUCAACUUUUAGACAUUAAUAAAGCUACUGAUAACCUAAGUUAACCCAGUAGUAACUGUUUAUUGUCACUGAAUAAGUGUAACUUAACUAUAAUGAAGCAUUUAUUAACCUUUAUUAAUGCUCCUUGGUGACUGUUAUUGUAAAGUGAGUCAUGCAUUGUUUCACAAAUACAAGUACAAAUACAAGAGUUUGUGCUAAAUAAUCCUUACAUGAGCAUAAUUAGCCAUUUAAAAGCCUUUAACGUUCCAACAACACAGAUACUAAAAAUGUGUUCACAAGAGUCACGAUAAAGUCUAAUAAAUGCUUCAUUAUAGUGAAGUAAAGAUUAUUCUGUGUCUAUUAUACAUUAAGUGUCACUUAAAUACAGUAAUUAACUGUUAGUUCACGCUGUAAUAAGCGUUAACUAACUGUUAAUUCAUGUUUUAACUCAACGAUUAAUCAUGUUAUUAAGGUCAUUAAUUCAUACGUUAUUCAACUUAGGGUUUAUGAAGCUACUGAUAACAUUAACUAAAUGAUUGUUUAUUAACAUUUAUUUACCUUUAUUAAUGCUCCUUUGUUGCCCUUAUUGUAAAGUGAGUCAUGUAUUGUUUCACAAAUACAAAAUAAUUCCCUUAAAUAAGCCUUACAUGAGCACAGUUAACCAUUAAUAACCACUAAAUAACCUUUAUUAAUGUUCCAUAUUUGUUAACAAGGAUCAUGAUAACGAUUAAGUUGUGCUUAUUAGUCACAGUUAAGGGAUUUACGUUUUACACUUUACAAACAGGGUCACGAGGAGCAUUAAUAAAGGGUAAAUUAUGCUUAAGUAAUGAUUUUAGUUAAGUCGUCACUGAAACUGAAAAUGUUGUACUUUACAGACACAGAAACCUUUAAUAAAUGUUAGUUAACAGUUACUUAAGCCUUAAGUAACCGUUAGUUAAGAGUUAUUUACCGACAAUAACAGCAGCUUUACAGAAUAAUAAAAGUUAACUAACCUGAACAACGUUAAUAAAUGCUUAAUUAACUCUGAGUAAAAGCUUAUAACACCGUUAAUUAACGUGCCGUAAUUGUAACAUUGUUUAUUUCAGACUGCUUUGUUGUUGUUUUUUUAUUGAGUGACGUCAUCAUCCUCAUCUUCAUCAUCAGUGAGACUUGAGUUAUUACAGUAGUUUAUAUUUUCCUCUGGCAUGAACAUGAACAUGUAGAUUUUCUUGCCAUUUUCCUGCAAUUUCUCUGCUGAUUUUUCUGCUGUUUUCCUGCUGAUUUUUCUGCUGUUUUCCUGCUGAUUUUCUGCUUAUUUUCCUGCUGAUUUUUCUGCUGUUUUCCUGCUGAUUUUCCUGCUGACUUUCUGCUGUUUUUCUGCUUAUUUUCCUGCUGUUUUCCUGCUCUUGCACAUUUAAACAUGUGCCUGUCGUUGCUCUCAACUGUAAUUGCACUUCAUUAAAAAAACAGUCGCUGCACAACCAAAAUCACAUCAACUCCAUCAAAUAACAAUAAUAAUAAUAAUAAUAAAAAAGAUCCAUUGUUGA